GUCGAUAGUUGAUAACAAUUCUCUGGGAAUAUUCCACCGAUGAUCGGUAGACUUUUUAACAGCUGAGUAGAUAAGAAUUUUUAAAAUCAGUUAUUGAAAUAUUAACUAGGUCGUUGUUUUAUACAUAUAUCAAAGAACGAUGUUGCACUCAAGUCUCUUAAGACUAGUGGCCCUCAGGGUCCCAAUAAGACUGAUGUCCUCUACCACCAAGUUGACCACAGUUGAGGUCAAUGAUAAAACAGGAAUCGCUACCCUCACAAUGAACCGCCCUCCGGUAAAUAGCCAAAACGUGCAAUUAUUGAUAGAUUUGAAGACUUCCGUCAAUGAAAUUGAGAAAAACAAAUGCCGUGGCCUCAUUUUGACGUCCGCAAGUUCCAAUGUGUUUUCCGCUGGUUUGGACAUCCUGGAAAUGUAUAACACUAAUGAGGAGCGUCUCCGUGUCAUUUGGACUGAGCUGCAGAAUGCAUGGAUUGCCCUCUAUGCUACCAGUUUACCCACUGCAGCAGCUAUUAAUGGCCACGCCCCCGCCGGAGGCUGCCUCUUGGCCACUGCCUGCGAGUAUCGUGUGAUGCUGCCCAAAUUUGUAAUCGGAUUGAACGAAACCCAACUGGGAAUCAUUGCCCCAAAGUGGCUGAUGUCCGGAUUCGUCAACGUACUGCCCCAAAGGGUGGCAGAGCGUGCUCUCACUCAAGGUCGUUUGUUUACCACGCAGGAAGCUUUCGAUGCAGGCCUAGUUGACGAGAUCGCCAACUCUAAGGAGGAGGCCUUAGAGAAGUGCGCUGCCUUUAUCGGCAGCUUUUCUAAGGUUAAUCCACUGGCCCGUGGGCUGACCAAGCUUCAGUUCCGUGCGGAGAAUAUAAAGGAGUUUGAAAAAAUACGCGAAAAAGAUGUUGCGGAUUUCAUAGCCCUUGCCUCUCGUCCUGAGGUACAAAAGGGUAUGGGCAUUUACCUCGAAAAUCUGAAAAAGAAGGGAAAGAAGGAAAAGGACUAAAUUAAAAAAUGGAUUCUAUUUUAUGACAUAAAACAUGUUGAUCAUGUUCGAUUUUGAAGAGCAGACCAGAUACCAGCAUUUAAAUUAGAAUUAUAAGAUUUCAAAUCGAUACGUUAAAAAACGAUUCAACAUAUGUAGCUUAAAAAUAAAAAAUAUAUGUCUAUAUUUUCAAAACAUUUUUCAUCGUCCACAAACCAAGAUCAUCUCGAUAAGCAAUACUUAUAAAAACGAAGUUAAUAAACCAAACAAAUAAACAUCUUCAUAAAUAUAUGCAUUUUAACUGCGUAAUUUGAUUAUUUCUUUAAUAUCUGAUCACGAAAAAAUUAUCUAAGUGUUAAUAAUAGAACAAAUAUAAAUUUUCAGAUUACUAAUUUAA